AUGCUUGGAACAAACAAGUCGUUUUCUAUCGAAUAUUUGAUAGCAAGUAAAUCUACACCAUCAUCAUCAUCAAUUCCAUUAGUAUCAUCAUCUCCUUCAUCACAUUUAUUUUUUCUUCAUUCACAAUUUUUUAAAACAAAUCAUGAUGAACAUAAAGAAACAAAGACAACAAUUAUUUCAUCACCAUCACAAACAUCAUCAUCAUCAACAACAUUUCAACAAUUACCAUUUGAAUUAAAACGUAUGCGUACAGCAUUUACAAGUAUACAAUUACUUGAAUUAGAACGAGAAUUUGCAUCAAGUAUGUAUUUAUCACGAUUACGUAGAAUUGAAAUAGCUGCAUGUCUUGGUUUAACUGAAAAACAAGUUAAAAUUUGGUUUCAAAAUCGUCGUGUUAAAUUUAAAAAAGAAGGAAUUCUACCAUCGUAUGAAAAAAAAAGUUCAGUUAAACUAUUACGAACAUGUCAUACAAAUCAACAUAAACGAUCAAAUGAACAAUGUAGAGAUGAUCAAAAUUAA